UUCAGGGCAGAAGAGAAAAACAGAAGAGAGAAAAACCAUGAGCGUGUACAAAUUCUGCAUUUUCCUGCUUUGCCCUUGGUUUUGCUUUGCACAAGAGAAUGGCUGCGAUCUGCCUGUUGUGGAAAAUGGAAAGAUAGCACAGUACUAUUAUGUUUUCAAAAAGUUUUAUUUCCCAAUGAAAGAAGGGAAGAAGCUUUCACUGUCUUGUACAGCUGGAUACACAACUCAGUCUGGAAAGCAAGAAGAACAAAUAACUUGCAAAGGAAAAGGUUGGGAACCUGCCCCCUUCUGUUUCAAGAAGUGUAUUAAACCCUCCUUAAAUCAUGGGAAUGUAUGUAACCCAAAAGAGUCCUAUAAGUUCCAGGAAACAGCCCAUUACAGUUGCUCAGAAGGAUAUGUGACUGUUAGUGGAAAUCAAACUGAGGAAAUUCAGUGUUUAACUGAUGGAUGGUCUUCUCAGCCAGAAUGUCAUCAAAUAUCUGAUGGUUGUGAAGCUCCUCAACUGCCUAAUGGACAUUACACCACAACAAAGAAGGUUUUUCAUGUAAAAGAAACACUGCAGUACCAAUGUGAUGAAGGCUAUGGAACUCCAAGUGGCAGGACUGCAGAUGUGUCGGAAUGCCUCCUCAGAGGAUGGUCUUCAGUACCACAAUGCACAAAACAAAGCUGUAAAGAGUUGCAAUCUGUGCAAAAUGGUGGCUUUUAUCCUGUGAAGGCAAUGUAUGUGGAUAGAGAUGUGGUACAGUUCUUCUGCACAGAAGGCUAUAUACUGAGAGGCUCAGAAUUAAUACAGUGUUAUUCCUUUGGCUGGUACCCUGAACCCGCUUCCUGUGAAGAGAAAAACAAUAAGUGCCCUCCUCCACCCAGACCUGCGCACAUCAUCCUGCUCACAGAUCCAGCUGUACGUCGCAAUGGGGACAGUGCUCGUUAUGAGUGUGACCAUAAUUAUAUGUUAACUGGCUCUGAGGAGAUCCACUGUGAGAAUGGUCGUUGGACAUCUCCUCCUAGUUGUGUUGAACUGAAAGAAAAAAUUAAAUGUGUGCCACCACCUUAUGUAGAAAAUGGAAAAAUGAUGCAGCUAUCAGAGGUUUACUACAGCGGUGACAGGGUUAACUUCCAGUGUGCAGAAGGAUUCGAGAUACAGGGAUCAAGUGAAAUUAUCUGCAAACUGGGCAAAUGGCCAGAAGCUCCUAAAUGCAAAGCCAAGAGUGACUUGUGUCAGAUGCCUCCACCACUCACAAAUGGGGAACUUAUUGCCCUUCCUUCUCUCAGCUACAAAAAUGGUGAAGUGGUGCAAUACAGGUGUAAAAGCUAUCAUCUUAUGGAAGGACCUAAAACUGUAAACUGCACACAUGGAAAAUGGACUGAGCUACCAACAUGUUUAGAGCCAUGCACUGUGAGUGUUGACCAGAUGAAACAAAAGAAUCUUGAACUUAAAUGGAGUUUUGAGAUUGAUACUUACUUUCUUCAUGGGGAUAUGAUGGAAUUUGUAUGUAAAGAUGAUUUUGAUAUGUCAGAACAUUCUGAGCUAAAGGGACUCUGUCAAAGGGGAAAUAUUAUAUAUCCAACUUGCAGCAGAAAAGAUAAACUGAAGACCUGUGGUCCACCUCCUCUUGUUCAAAAUGGCAGAGUGCUUGCACCUCGGGAAUACUACGAGUCAGGUUCUUCGGCUGUGUACAUGUGCUCAGAGCAUCACUUCUUGAAUGGUUCCAACACUGUGCAAUGCUCAGAUGGACAUUGGGACCAUCCACCAACGUGCAUAAGUCCGUGUGUCUUAUCCAAAGAAGAGAUGGAGAGAAACCAGAUACGUUUAAGAUGGAGUUUUGAUAACAAGGAUUACUUUUUCCAUGGAGAGUACAUUGAGUUUUUAUGCAAAGAUGGGCAUGAGAACACCCACCCUACCAUAUUGUUUUCGCUUAGGGCUCAGUGCAGCAAGGGGCAGAUUGAAUAUCCAAACUGUGUGCCGAGGGCCAGGUAGCUUUUAUUGAGUAUUGUGCCCACUGGUGUUGAAAUUCUACAUCAGGGGUGUCGAACUCAAUCAGAGAAGGGGCCAAAAUCUAAAAUCCAGCCUAAAUCGCGGGCCGAAUGGUUUAAUGAACAGUCAUAAACUGACAACGUUAACCAGAAAUGGGAAUUUAAAAUGAGUGGAACAAUCUUUUCCUUAACAGUGCUGUUAACAACCAACCAACAGAUAGCAGAUUCUGAUUUUUAUGCCUGCACUUUAUGCCAGGAACUGGCAGCUUCUGCUGUGUAUUUUUUAGC